UUUUGGCUCAGCUUGCAGCUCAAAGAAGCUUCAGCUCAGCUAGAUUUGAAGACUCGUCUUGGUCGGAUUUGGUGCCACCUUAAGCGCAUCAAAUCCUCCGCCUUUCCCGGAAGAACUGCACAUCAGCGAUGCCACGCUACAUCAGCGAUGUGAAAGCCUGGUCCAUGGGCGAUGUGGUGGCUGGCGUCACGGUGGCCGUGACCUCCUUGCCACAGUACAUCGCCUACGCCGAGCUGGCGCAGCUCUCGGGCUUUCGAGGUAUCGUCGCCUCGGGACCGCCCUUGGUGGCCUUCGCCUUUUUAACCGGCAACCCAUGCCUGAACAUUGGGGUGACUUCUAUCACCGCCUUGAUGGCCACAGCCGAUCUCAAAGGAGGCGAGUACCGGGAUGCCUAUGGCGAGGCCGCAUGGUCACAGAUCUUGGGCACUUACUCCAUGAUGAUCGGCGUUGCCUCCCUGGCACUGGCCUUACUCAAUGCCGGCAGCUUGGUGAAGCACAUCCCUGCGCCCGUGAAGGCGGGCUGGAAGUUAGGCUUCGCAUUGGCAGCCUGCGCGGCGCAGAUGCCCAACAGCGCCUUCGAACAUGCGAAGAAUCUGAAGAAGAUUUGCCAGCUCCCAAACUUCCGGGGUGCACCCCUGCAGAGUGGAGCAGCCAACAUGUAUCGCUUAGCCUGGUCUUUGACACAUCCACAUUUUUGGGAUGCGGAGGCCGUGGCAUUUUCCGCGAUGACGCUCUUCAUUGUGAUGUAUUUCAAAAGUCCGCUGAAGGUCAUCGUGGCCUCGGCGUUGGGUGCUGGCAUCUCUUACCUCCGCAGUUACUCGGGCGAUGUGGUCGGCCGACCUCCCCCGGGCUCUGAGCUUCGCAUCACCGGCGAGCUGGGCGCAGACCUCACCAGCUGGGUGCACCAGUGGCCUUGGGAGAUGCCCUUGGAUGAGACGGUGAACCGCCUCGGUGGAUGGCCCCUGGCGGUCAUGUCGGCCGUAGCCUUUGCUUUUGUGGACUACUUAGCAAUUAUCUCUGUGGAGGCAGAGCGCCCCGCACCAGGCGGCAGCCGACCGAACCGCGAGAUGGCGGGGCAGGGCCUGGGCUGUAUUGCCUCUGGCAUGGGAGGGAGUGCUCCCAUUGGCGGGUCGUUGACACGCUCGAUGUUGGCGGGCAUGAUCGGAGCUUCUUCUCCGCUCAUGGGCCUGGUCUGUGGACUGGUGACGAUGUGCUUGGGUUUCCCGAUGAUCGCCACCCUCCUGGAGCCAACGCCCAAGGCAGUGCUCUCCUCGACGGUGCUUGCAGCCGUCUUGCCCGCUGUGGUGGCACCGAAGGAUUUGCUCCGAUUGAAGGGCAGCGAUGCUCUCGUGGGCUGGGUCUCGGCGGCUGGCACGUGCCUCACCGAUCCCACCAAAGGAUUUGGAAUGGGCUGUGCCUUCUACUUCUUCAUCUACGGAUUGCGGAAAUCCACCAAGACCCACCCCAAGUAGCACCAAACACUGCUGCCUCGCGGAGC